AUGAAGGCCUUCAAGCGGUAUUUCACUCCCGACAAGCCCGAUACAGAAACACCGCAGUCGGCAUCGGGAAAGCGGCGCGAACAACCCGGAUCCCCGUCCGACACCUCUCCCUCGCGGGCCGAUAAAAGGGGAAGCUCCGGCGUCUCCGCCGUCAUCGCAUCGUCAUCGUCGUCGCGACUCGGCGAGAAACAUGACCUCGAAGGUCUCAGAGCCGACGUGGUCGUCCACAGUCUGUGGCAAGACCAGUUGCGGAGGAUGUAUGCUUCGGCCUACCACACCUGGGAGGGCGCCGUGCUGAAGAAGGCCCGGAACGAAUGGGUCUGCGCCCCUCCUGAGCUGAGGCAGUACCCAGGCGGCUUUUACGAUAUGGUGUGUCAACUGAACGUUCGCUGCGCCAUCACCCUCAGCACGCCCGUCAUCCACUCAGUCAUCACUGCGGUGGGCAAGUUGGGAAACCCCCCCUACGUCCCAAUCUCCGGAAACUUGAAAUUGCAAGUGUUGCCGCGAAUGUCGGAUCUGCCUCGGUGUCACAAGCAUCACUUCGCCGCCUUCAUCCUCGACCCGCCUCUGAUGGUGAUCUGGGAUGACGAAGCAGACAAGGUUCUCGCGCGGGCGGAGAGCCUUGAGAAGACCCUCAUCCGGCACAUCUGGAACGAGGAAGACAUGGAAGAGCAGGCGGACGAGGAGGAGAAGCAAACCAGUCCCCAUGUCCAGGUCGAAGAGGUUGACCCGUCGGAUCCGGAAAAGGGGCAGCCGGUCGACCCCAGACCUAUCCGGCUGAUCAGUCCCCUCAUGGUCGGGAUAACACUAGCCCUUUCAUUCACCUGUCUUGGUCUCGGGUGGAGGCAUCUCUCGAUGCAGAGCUCAGUCGACGGAAAUUAUGUACGGAUGGCCUUGAUCGCCGUGUCACCGUUUACCUUUUUUGUCAGCCUGUUCUUCUUCCAAAUCAUCGUCUGCGACAUCUUCCAGAUCGCAGGGCCCAUCUCGAACAUCCUGUCCAACUCGCGAAACUACUCCGGCAAGCCCCCGCAGCGGCUCAAGCGAGAGAUGCAAGCACGCCCCCACGUGACGAUCCAGAUGCCGGUCUACAAGGAAGGUCUCGGCCCCGUCAUCCGCCCGACGGUCCUCUCCCUCAAAGCCGCCAUGUCGACCUACGAGAUGCAAGGGGGGACGGCGAACAUCUUCGUCAACGACGACGGCAUGCAGCUCCUGCCCGACCACGAGGCGCAGGCCCGGCGCGACUUCUACGAGGAGCACAACAUCGGCUGGGUCGCGCGGCCGCCGCACAACCCCAAGCCCGAGGACGGCGAGCGGCCGUUCCUGCGGCGCGGGCGCUUCAAGAAGGCGUCGAACAUGAACUACGGGCUCAUGGUCAGCAACCGGAUCGAAGAGAAAUUGAGCCAGGUGGUGCGCGGGGCUGGGUGGGACCAGGAGGCCGAGGAUAAGGCGUACGCGGAGGCGCUGGCCACGGUGCUUGAGGAGGAUGAGGGCCGGACGUGGGCGGAGGGGAAUAUUCGCAUGGGUGAUUAUAUCCUGCUCAUUGACUCGGAUACGAGAGUGCCGGAGGAUUGUCUCCUCGAUGCCGUCAGUGAGAUGGAGCAGUCCCCGGAGAUUGCCAUCCUGCAGUACACGUCGGGGGUGAUGAACGUGACGGAUUCGUUCUUUGAGAAAGCCGUCACCUGGUUCACCAACCUAAUCUACACAUCCAUCAAGUUCGCCGUGGCAAACGGCGACAUCCCCCCCUUCGUAGGCCACAACGCCGUCCUCCGCUGGGCGGCCCUGCAAGACGCGGCGGCCUACAUGGACGAGGAAGACGGCUACGAGAAGUUCUGGUCCGAGUCGCACGUCUCGGAGGACUUCGACAUGGCGCUGCGCCUGCAGACGUCCGGGUACGCGCUGCGCUUCGGCGCCUACUCGGGCGACGGGUUCAAGGAGGGCGUCUCGCUCACGGUGUACGACGAGCUGGCGCGGUGGGAGAAGUACGCGUACGGGGUCAACGAGCUGCUUUUCCACCCGUUCCGCCUGUGGGUGGUCCGGGGGCCGUUCACGCCGCUUUUCCGACGGUUCCUCUCCUCGAACAUUCACAUGUUCCGGAAGCUGACCAUUCUGGCCUAUAUUGGGACGUACUACGCCAUUGGCAUUUCGUGGAUGCUCACGCUGAUGAAUUACUUCUUGACGGGGUGGAUGUUUGGUCUCUACGACCAGUACUACCUCGAUUCGUUUGCGAUUUACGUUUCUAUUGUCGUGGUUUUCCCCCUGGCUGGCAACGUCGCCUUGGCCGUGCUGCGGUACAGGUUGGGAGAGCAGGGCUUUAUCAGCGCCAUCUGGAACAAUUUCAAAUGGGUCCCUCUCUUCUCCAUCUUCCUAGGCGGCCUCUCCCUGCACGUCUCCAAAGCGCUCCUCUGCCACUUCUUCGAAAUCAACAUCCAAUGGGGCGCCACGUCCAAGGAAGUCGAGAGCUGCAACUUCAUGCAGGAGAUCCCCAAGAUCUUCCGCAGCUUCUGGGGCACGUUCCUCUUCUGCUUCGCCAUGACCGGGCUCAUGGUCUGCGGCGUCUUCUUCUUCCCCCGGGAGUGGCGCAUCAGCACGUUCGCGUCGAUUUAUCCCCUGGCGUGGCUGACGGGAUGCCACUUUGCGUUGCCUGUCCUUCUGAAUCCGGCGUUGAUGAAGUUUACCUUUUGA